AUGCCUAAGGAAUCUACCAAGCGCGGUAAGACCGGCAAGGUCGAGAAGUCUAAGCGCGCCAAGAAGGACCCCAACGCGCCCAAGCGAGGUCUCUCUGCCUACAUGUUCUUCGCCAACGAGCAACGUGAGAACGUCCGUGAUGAGAACCCUGGUAUCUCGUUCGGCCAAGUCGGCAAGAUCCUCGGUGAGCGAUGGAAGGCCUUGAACGACAAGCAGCGUACCCCGUACGAGGCCAAGGCCGCCACCGACAAGAAGCGAUACGAGGACGAGAAGCAAGCCUACCAGGCUGCUGCUGAGGAGGAGAGCGAAUGA